AUGGCCCUGCAAAACUCAUUUUUCCUCUGUAUUCUGAUCACCAUCUUGUUCCAAAACCUGUUCUUCGCCAAAGGUGCCUGUUUUCAACCUUCUGGUUCGAUGCACGAAGAAGAAGCAGAAGAAGAAGAAGAAGAAAACUUCAAUGGUGUGUUGAGGCACAGUGGUUCCUCAAUUUUUUCUGUUGAUGAAUUUGGUGCCAAAGGACAUGGAUCAUUUGAUAAUCGGGCAUUCGAAAAGGCUUGGAAAAGAGCUUGCUCUUCCAAUGGAGCUGCUGUUGUUUUGGUGCCAAAGCACAAGACGUACAGAUUGAAGCCUAUCAAAUUCCAGGGCCCUUGCAAGGGGCGUGUCACAGUGCAGAUUGAAGGAACACUCGAAGCACCGCCGAACCCUUCGGAUUGGGACAGGAAAGCCAUCGAGGGUAGGUAUUGGAUCCUCUUUAGCACCACCGGAAGCCUAGCGGUUCGAGGCGGCGGGACGAUAGACGGGAAAGGAGAAAAAUGGUGGCAAAAUUCUUGCAAAAUUAAUGAGUCUUUACCUUGCGUCGCCGCGCCCACGGCCUUGUUCUUCAAGUCAUGCAAGAACUUGGUGGUGGAGAAUCUAAACGUGAAGGACAGCCAACAAAUCCAAGUAAAUAUCAUGAGAUGUAGAAAUGUCAAAGUUUCAAACUUGAACGUCUCCGCGCCCGAUUUGAGCCCGAACACGGACGGGAUUCAUGUCACCAACAGUAGGAACGUCCUCAUAAAAGAUAGCAUCAUCGGAACAGGAGAUGAUUGCAUAUCGAUUGUCUCGGGCUGUCGACGAAUAACUGCAAGAAACAUAGUAUGUGGACCUGGACAUGGAAUCAGCAUUGGCAGCUUGGGAUUUAAUCAGACGAGGGCGAAUGUGUCUAAUGUGUUGGUGGACGGUGCCAUACUGAAAGGCACGACAAAUGGUGUUAGGAUCAAGACAUGGCAGGGAGGGCGUGGUUACGCGAGGCGCAUUGUGUUCCAGAACAUAGAGAUGCAGAACGUGAAGAACCCCAUAAUAAUUGAUCAGAACUACUGCGACUCCGAGAUCCCUUGCAGUCAGCAGAAGAAUGCAGUGGCAGUGAGAAACGUGGUGUACAGGAACAUCAAGGGGACGAGCAGGUCGGAAGACGCGAUGACGUUGAACUGCAGCAGCAGCGUGCCGUGUCAAGGAGUUUUGCUGAGCAACAUCGAUUUGGUGGGCGCCGAAGGCGUCGAGGGGAAUGUGACGGCCGUGUGCGAGAAUUUACGCUGGCUACAGAUUGGGAAGGUUGUUCCCAGGCUGAUCUGUGCUUGA